CUUUGGCCAUUCAUUCGAACGCGAUCGAUUACUCGUUCGUUCCGCGCGCUCUGCAACUUUUCUAGUAGUUGUGCGUGGUUGGUACGUGAGACUUGGCGCUCGGCGGGAUCAAAAAUGGCUCUGUUCAGAAUUACAUCUACGAAAUUAGUAGAAGUGCAGAAAGCAUGCCCGACGGCAUCUAUUCUGCUUCGGGGCCUGAGCGCCGAGAACACCAACCUGAAGAGCGUACUCCAAGAAAAGAUCCCCAAGGAACAGGAGAAGAUCCGCGACUUCCGCAAGAAGCAUGGCAGCACUAAAGUCGGCGAGGUCACCGUCGAUAUGAUGUACGGAGGCAUGCGUGGCAUCAAGGGUCUAGUGUGGGAGACCUCAGUCCUGGACGCCGACGAGGGCAUCCGUUUCCGCGGCAUGUCCAUCCCUGAGUGCCAAAAGGCCUUGCCCAAGGCUAAAGGCGGCUCCGAGCCCCUACCCGAGGGUCUGUUCUGGUUGCUUGUCACCGGCGAUGUUCCCACCGACGCUCAAGUCAAGGCCAUCUCCAAGGAGUGGGCACAGAGGGCCGAGCUCCCCGCGCACGUGGUGACGAUGCUGAACAACAUGCCCGCCAAGCUGCACCCCAUGUCGCAAUUCUCCGCGGCAGUCACCGCGCUCAACAGCGAGUCCACCUUUGCCAAAGCUUACUCCGAGGGUGUACACAAGUCCAAGUACUGGGAGUACGUGUACGAGGACUCGAUGAACCUGAUCGCCAAGCUGCCCGUGAUCGCCGCCACCAUAUACCGAAACACUUUCCGCGACGGCAAGGGCAUCGGCGCCAUCGACGACAACAAGGACUGGUCCGCCAACUAUUGCACCAUGCUCGGCUUCGACGACCCACAGUUCACCGAGCUCAUGCGCCUGUACCUCACCAUCCACAGUGACCACGAGGGCGGCAACGUCUCCGCGCACACAACCCAUCUGGUCGGCUCUGCGCUGAGCGACCCCUACCUCUCCUUCGCCGCCGGCCUCAACGGCCUCGCUGGACCCCUGCACGGUCUCGCCAACCAAGAGGUACUUGUUUGGCUAGAGAAGCUUCGCAAACAGGUCGGCGACAACUGGACGGAGGAGGGACUCAAAGAGUUCAUCUGGAAGACGCUCAAGUCUGGCCAGGUCGUGCCUGGCUACGGACACGCCGUGCUUAGGAAGACUGAUCCCAGGUACACUUGCCAACGCGAGUUCGCCCUGAAGCACCUGCCCAACGACCCCCUGUUCAAACUCGUCGCCGGCGUGUACAAGGUGGUGCCCCCGAUCCUCACCGAGCUCGGCAAGGUCAAGAACCCGUGGCCCAAUGUGGACUCCCACUCUGGCGUCCUUCUACAGUAUUACGGGCUGAAGGAGAUGAGCUACUACACGGUGAUGUUCGGCGUGUCGCGCGCGCUCGGCGUGCUCGCGCAGAUGGUGUGGUCGCGCGCGCUCGGCCUGCCCAUCGAGCGGCCCAAGUCUCUCAGCACCGACAUGCUCAUCAAGCAGCUCGGCAAGUAACCGCCACAACACCAACAAUUCACAACGACCACUCGGUCCAAUGAAUUGAACAAACAGUUCGAUUCACACCCGACCCGAUAGUCAAUACCGACGCGCUCAGCGUCACAGAUCAGAAACCAAUCACCUAGAAUUGUAUUAAUUUAUUAUUUCAUCUAGUAGUAAGAGUAAGUGAUGCAUUUGUUUGAUUGCUGUUUGAAUUUAUAAUUAUUAUAAUUGUUGUUUAACGUAAGCAAAUAUUGCUACCCGUGUACUUAUUUCUGUGAUGAUAUUAUUGUUUAACUUUAUAUAUUGUAUUGUAAAUUAUUAAUAUUAUUUAUAAUUAUUAAUAUUAUUUACUAUGCUAAAAUUAUGUUUGUUAUAUACCUAUUAUGACAAGUAUCUGAUUGACUAGUGGUGUGAUUCGACUGCAAACUUCACUUAGCUGUGUAACGAACGAAACUACCUAGUGUUGUAGAAUUCAAUAAUUAAUUCAUAGAGCGGUAUGCUGUGCAUACCGCACUAUAGAAAAUUAUGUAUAUUAUAGUGUUAACGUAUACACAUCAACAUCAUCCACUAUUUAUUGAAAACAAAACGAGUAAACAAUUUUGUAGUUGACUCAGUAUUCUUUUCUGCAUUGUAACCGCAAUAGCUGUUAAAGUACAUAGAACAUAAAAAGUUUUCAAGUUUGUAGCUUCCUCACUAGCGUAGUCGCUUAGAGUACGAUUUUAACGGGGAUUUACGUCAUACUUCGCUAUACUUUCCUUUAUUACAUUGAAAUAUCUGUCACUUCAAAUUUUCUAUCUUCAAAGUAAGUUUAGGUAGCUAUUGUAAUUUAAUUUUGAGUUACCAAAGUAUGUACCAGGUUGUUGAAUGUACACUAUGUUUUUGAUUUAAUAUUAUUGCGCCGUUCGAAGGUCGGAAUACGCUCAGUGCUGAUACCGAACGUACUAUGACCCCACGAACGCGAUAUAAAAUUAUAUCAUAAUUAUGUAUUCAUGCUAGAAAAGCAGAUAUUUUCAACCAACCUUACGCCGUGGUUUUGGAGUUAUCUUCAUAUAACUGGUUGGUUGGUUUUGGAGUUAUAUUCAUAUAGAUCUUCAUUUACAUAGUGAAUUCAUUGCUAUUUAUUAAAGCCAUCUCAUUUAGUGUUGGCGGCCCUCCGUCUUGUGGGAGAUGGGAACGUUGGUUUGUCAGCGUGUGCUGUAGUUGUAUACAAGACGCGAUCCAAUAAUUUGACAAUACUAAUAAUAAAUUGGUACGGUGUAGAAA